ACAUAAACAUAAAACAAUUGAAGAAUAAGAAGAUAAAAGCUGUUGUUAUUCUCAUAUCCAUCAUAAAACUCAGCAGAUAAGGAAAUUUUAGCAAAAUGCUGAAACCAAAGGCACUAACUCAAGUUCUAAGCCAAGCAAACACAGGCGGUGUCGAAAACACACUUCUGCUGAGCCAGGAGGGUGCACUGCUGGCUUAUUCAGGCUACGGAGAUAAGGAUGCACGCAUUACAGCCGCCAUUGCUAGCAACAUAUGGGCGGCCUAUGAAAAGCAUGGACGCAAUGCUUUUCGUGAAGACCGCUUGAGCUUUGUGCUUGUUGACUGCGAGUCCGGCUAUGUAGCCAUCACACAGGUGGCAAGCGUUUUGUUAUGCCUAUCAGCCAAGGAGCAUGUGGGCUUGGGUAUGCUGAAACAAAAGACUAUGGCGCUGGCAGCAUAUUUGGAGCGGCCGCUGAAACAAAUAUCCACAUCGUAGUGUGAUAAUCUACAAGACCCUCUGUGGUUUCCAUUAGUUUAAGUGCAAUAAAACAAUAGCUUUUGAAAUGGAAAAUAAAAGGUUCAGUUUAU